AUGAAAAAGAACAGGUCAGCUUUCAGCCUGUUCAACCCGCCUUUUGUUCUUCCUGAGGAUAUUCGAGCUACCUUCAGGCCUCGGGGCGAUGAACCGAAGAUGAAUGUGAAGGCACAGCCCGUGGCCAGUGUGAAUAAUUUGGCUGGAAUCCUCACAGAUCUCGUUCACGAUUCCAAACUUGAUACACGGUUUGUGGAAGAUGGGGGUGUUGUACAUGUUUCAUUCGUCUCUACUCCAGGCUUGCGGAGAAAGGAACGAAAGGAAGAGAGAUGGAAAUCGUCGAGAAUCCUGGCUCGUGGGUCAUUCGGACGCGUAUGGCUUCAGGAGUGUACCCAUGACAAUGGAUCGAAAUCAUUCCGUGCCGUCAAAGAGAUAUUCAAACAGAAGGUUGCUAAUGAAGAGAAGCCAAUCGACUAUACUCGGGAGCUUGAGGCGAUUGCCAAAUUCUCACAUACCAAGUAUGUGUACUGUUUUGUUGAAUCAUUCGGGUGGUAUGAAAGUGGCAGUGCGAUCUUUAUCACCAUGGAGUACAUGGAGAAUGGAGAUCUUCAGGAAUAUCUCUCAGUACCAUUCCCUGAAGCAGAGGUAAAGGAGAUUGCCUCGCAGCUUUUGGAAGGCCUGACUUUCAUGCACGAGAAUGGCUUCGCGCACCGCGAUCUUAAGCCCGCCAACGUCCUUGUAUCGAAACCUUCGCCCAACUGGUGGGUCAAAAUCAGCGACUUCGGUAUCAGCAAACGAGCCCAAGAGGCAUCAACCGUGUUCCACACAGUCGUGGGUACAAAUGGAUAUCUCGCACCCGAGGUUAUGGGUUACUACAGCCCAGACGACGAUGAGGAUAACGAUAGCCCCUACACCGUCGCCGUUGAUUUAUGGGCACUCGGCGCGCUAACCUUUCGCUUGUUGACAAACCAAAACAUCUUUACCGAGCCCAGGAUGCUAGGCAGAUAUGUGGUAGGGAGGGCACCAUUCCCAAAGACACUACUCACCUUUCAUGCAGUGAGUGAAGCCUGCAUCUGCUUAUUGGAGAAGAUGAUGGCACCAUCCCCUCUCAAGCGACCGACUGCCGUGGAAGCGCUGGAGGAUGCAUGGAUAUGUGACGAUAAAGUCGCGUCGACGAGCCAGGCUCCAUCCAUUGGAAAUAUUACCAGGUAG